AUGGAUCGCAUUUCAUGCUCAGUCUGCAUAGACGAAAGGUGUCAACAGAACAAUUUCUUUAUAGAAAACAUAUACAUUCUCUCUGAUGAGGCUUUCGCUCAAGUGAUUACUAGCCACCAAGCUUCUCGAUGUGAAAGCCAUAGCUGCUGUUUUCUUGGUUUCCCACCCCCAACAAGCAAGCCAUUUAAAUACAAUCGCCAACAGCUUGUUGGCAUUUGCAAAUUUAUGGGGAUAAAGGAAGAUGAUGCUACUUUCAUUACCAACCAAAUUUUUACAUCCUUAUCUAAUCUCAUCAUGUCAAAAACUCGUAUUCGUGAAGGACACAGCUAUCAGAUAAUUCAAGCAAUUACAUUGAUGUCUUCAUCAAUAGAUGAAAUAGUACUGGCAGCAUUUAAAGUUAAAGGAUAUUAUGGUGAUCAGCAUUUGAUUGAUUUUCAUAUCGCGUGUGAAGUGAUUUCUCAAAAGAGACCAGUAAUUGUCCUAUUAGGUGGGGCUUCGGGAACUGGAAAAAGCACCCUAUCAUCUCUAUUGGCAAGCAGAUUAGGAAUUUCAAGUCUUUUGUCGACUGAUUCUAUCAGACAUAUAUUGAGGAAUGUGCUGCCUAGGGACGAAAACCAAGUUUUAUUCUGUUCGACUUAUGAAGCAGGGAAUUUUAUAAAUAAUCAGGGCCUCAGUCCAAAAGAAGCCUGCGUUAAAGGCUAUUUAGCACAAUGUGAAAAGGUUUAUGAAUAUCUCGAAAGAGUAAUAGACAGCUACCACAAAUGUGGGAUCAGCAUCGUUAUAGAAGGAGUCCAUCUCCAUGUAGGUGUUAUGAAAAAACUCAUGCAAAAAUACGACUCAUGCAUCCCUUUUACAAUAAUUAUCAAGAACAAGCAGAAACACAUGGAAAGAUUCGCUGUCCGAUGCAAAUACAUGACAAUAGACCCAGUAACCAACAAAUACAUAGCAAGUUUCCCAAACAUCAGAGAAAUCCAGAAAAGAUUCGUCACAAAAUCGGACAAGCAUCUAAUUCCAAAGGUCGAAACUAGCAACCUUGACCGAUCAUUCGGUCUCUGCCACGCCACAAUUAUAAGGGUUCUUCGACAAGUUUAUAAAGGACAAAGAAUUUAUGAUGAAGCGACAGAACAGACUUCAAUUGUCCACAAUGAGUUUAAUUAUGUGUCAAAAGUCACCUGGAGCUCUAAGCUUGCACAUGAGGUUAUCAGGGCAAAAGUCAAUAAAGGGGAGCUAUUUAAAAGGUUUUUUGGGGAAAAUGUGGUGAUUGAAGAAGAAGAUAUAGAAAUGCUAGAUAAUAAUAAAUCUGAAGGCUCUAGCAUGGAAGCUCCUGAUAUUGGGUCAAUCACUUCUGGGAUGGAUAUUGACGUGGCUCAGGCAAAAGGAAAGGACUCAAAAGAAUAUAUCAAAGUUAUUGAAGGUGAAGAGCUGUUAGAGGAACAAGCAAGAGAUACUAGUGAAGCUUCAGACACGGAUAGUAAUAGAUCGGUGGAAGGGGAAAACAUGCCAGUGGAAAUGCUGUCAGCAACUCUUCCUUCCUCAGCAGUUAGCCAUUCUAGACAAAAAAGUUAUUAA